AUGCGUGGCCCAAGACGACUCGGUGACGACUUUUUCGCACCGUACCCUCCGCCUAGCGUUCACCGGGAGAGACUCCUACAGUACCACUCCCGAUCGCAGACCGGCCGGUUUUGCUUAUUAUCUCUCUCUCCCGGGACGCGAGAAACAGAAAGAGCAGCUUUCCCUGUGCCCAGAAAAAGAAAAUUUUUCUGUUUUCCUGAGGAAAAGAAGCAGCGGCGAAGGAGAAGAAGAAGAAAAAAUCUCUCCACGUUUAAUUUCGCAAUCCUUACGGGUUGUUUUGGGAGAAAAUAUCGUAGGGCUGUGUGUGUUUGCCUGAGAGUUUGCCUCUCAGAAAAGUGUAUACAUUUGCUCGUUGAGCCUGUCCUCUCUGCUUUUUCUUGGUGGUGUCGACCCUCGAUUUGGUUACUUUUUUCUUGUUUUUCAUUUUGGCUCUUCAACUUCCUCUCACUUUCGUGGCUUGGCUGUUAUCUAAAUAAUAUGACGAUAUAUAUAAAUAACUAUUCCCUCUAA